GUAUGGAAUCCGCCCUGAAAAUGUUAUUAUAUAUGGCCAAAGUAUAGGAACAGUACCGUCUGUGGAUCUUGCUGCUAGGUAUGAAAGUGCUGCUGUAAUUCUCCAUUCUCCACUGACCUCAGGAAUGCGAGUAGCUUUUCCUGAUACGAAGAAGACCUACUGCUUUGAUGCAUUCCUGAACAUUGACAAAAUCUCUAAAAUAACAUCUCCUGUGUUAAUCAUCCAUGGGACUGAAGAUGAAGUAAUUGACUUUUCACAUGGCCUAGCAUUAUUUGAGCGUUGCCAGAGACCUGUAGAACCACUGUGGGUAGAAGGAGCAGGCCAUAAUGAUGUGGAACUCUAUGGACAGUACCUUGAAAGAUUAAAACAGUUUGUGUCACAGGAACUGGUGAACUUGUAA